AACGUUUUGUCCGCGAACCGCGCAUCAAACUUUUUUUUAAACAAAAACAGCUUUAAUUUUAAUUUUGUGGUGCAAAUAGUGCGCAUUUAUGCAACUUUUCGGCGUUUAAAGUGAUAAUGAGUGUUAGCGAUCAGAGCGAGGACGGCCAGGUUAUCAGUCCGGGCGGAAUGAGUGGCGGCGAGGAGGAAACGACCGAUUCGCUGGACAUUAAGCCGCCGCAGGCGUCUUCAGGGAGUUACUACGGCAAGCGCAAGGAGAAAAAGUCGAAGCAUUCGCGGGGGGAGCAUCACCGGCAUUCCGGGACAUCUGGUGAUCGGGACCAUCACUAUUCGUCGGGUUCGUCUUCGCGGAGGGGGGAGUACCGGAGUGGGCACCGGGAGCGGUAUCAGAAGGGAAGUGGGAGCGGGAGUAGCAGGUCCGGGAGGGAUGGACGGGAGAAGGAGGGGCGGUAUCACUCGGGGUCGGCGCCGGCUGGGGGACAUCACUCGCGGUUCGAGAUGAAUCCGUUUUACGGGGAGUUGCGGGAGACGUAUCAGAGCAAGAAGGAGCGGGAUUAUGAGAAGGAGAGGGAGCGCGGUGGAAGGAAUAAGGAGGUGGAGAAGCCGGACGCGGAAAAGUUGCUGGAGGAUUUGCGGACGCGGCUGCUGCACAAGAAGAGCAAGCACGAUUCGACGCGGCAGCAGCAGGAUCAGGGAGGGGUGGUUGAGUUGGUGGAGGGGAGGAAGGAGAAGCGGCACCAUCAUCAUAGGCAUCGCGACCGGAAGCAGACGGUGGAGCCAGAAACCGUCGAGAUUAUGGACGAUGAGAGCGAGCAGCAGCCGCUGGAUGUGGAAGAGGAGGAUGAUCAGAUGAAGGUCGUGGACCGGGAGCAUGACGCGAGGCGGGCUCGGCUGUUGGAGGCGGAACGGCAGAUGGCGCACCGGAAGGAAGUGGCUAGGAAUGAGCUUGAGACGCGGAGGCAGAUGAGGAAGGAGCGCAAGGAGGCGUCUCCGGAUUCACCGGAAGUUGAGGACGAGGAAAUGGAGAGCGUCGAGGAGAAGAAGAAAAAGAAAAAGAGGAAAAAGUCCAAGAAGCGGGUUGAGUCCGAGGAAGAAGCGAGCGACGAUUCCGAUCAGACGGAAGAGGACACCGACUCGGACAGUUCGAGUUCGAGCAGCGAUUCGGAAGAUUCGCAAGAAGGCUCCGAGGACGGGAAGCCUCCGGAGAGCCCACUUUCGGUGGGUGAUUUGGCCAAGUCGGAGCGACGCCGUCGGAGUGAUUCGAGGUCGGACUCGCGGUCCCGUUCGACGCGCUCUCGCACGUAUUCGCAUUCCAGCCGGAGUCGUUCGCGGAGUCCGCACCGGCGUCGGCAGCACGGCAGCAGCCGGAGUGCGUCGCCGAGAUCGGACCAAGAGGGCGGCAGGAGAAGCCGGGAGAGGGAGGAACCGGCUAAACCGCCGGUGGCCGCGACAGCAUCAGAGCCGAUUGCCGUUGAAGAUGUGGAGGAACUUCCGCCGUACUUCCCCGGCAUUCAGGGCUGUAGAUCGGUUGAAGAGUUCCAGUGUUUGAACCGGAUCGAGGAGGGAACCUACGGCGUGGUGUACCGGGCCAAGGACAAACGGACGGAGGAAAUUGUGGCGUUGAAGCGAUUGAAGAUGGAAAAGGAGAAGGAAGGCUUCCCGAUCACUUCCCUGCGGGAAAUCAACACCCUGCUCAAAGGUCAACAUCCGAACAUUGUGACCGUGCGGGAGAUUGUCGUCGGAAGCAACAUGGACAAGAUCUUCAUCGUGAUGGAUUACGUCGAGCACGACUUGAAAUCGCUGAUGGAAACGAUGAAGCACAAAAAGCAGGUCUUCCUGCCCGGCGAGGUCAAGUGUCUGACGCAGCAGCUGCUCCGGGCCGUGGCCCACCUCCACGACAACUGGAUUCUCCACCGGGACUUGAAAACGUCCAACCUGUUGCUCUCCCACAAGGGCAUCCUAAAAGUGGGCGAUUUCGGUCUCGCCCGUGAGUACGGCUCCCCCCUCAAAGCGUACACCUCGAUCGUGGUCACCCUCUGGUACCGAGCCCCGGAACUCCUCCUCUGCUGCAAGGAGUACUCAACCCCGAUCGACAUCUGGUCCGUCGGCUGCAUCUUCGCCGAGUUCCUCUCGAUGGGCGCCCUCUUCCCGGGCAAAACCGAAAUCGACCAGCUCAACCGCAUCUUCAAAGAGCUCGGCACGCCCAACGAAAAGAUCUGGCCCGGCUACAACCAGCUGCCCGCCGUCCAGAAGAUGACCUUCACCGAGUACCCCGUGUCCAACCUGCGCAAACGGUUCGCCCACCAAACCAGCGAGCUCGGAAUCUCCCUCCUGCAAGGCCUGCUCACCUUCGACCCGAAACAGAGACUUACAGCGGACGCCGCCCUCAAAAACAACUACUUCAAGGAGCUGCCCCUUCCAAUCGACCCGGCCAUGUUCCCCACGUGGCCCGCCAAGAGCGAACUUGGCCUCAAGAAGGCACUCGCUUCGAGUCCGAAGCCGCCGAGCGGCGGCGGCGAGUUCAAGAAGUUGGGCGACGACGCCGUUCCGGACAAUCCGGGCUUUCACCUGGGCGGAACGUACGCCGAGUCGAGACAAAUGGCCAUGGGGCCGGGCUUUAGUUUGAAGUUUUGAUAAAGAAGUGCGAAAAAAAAUGAUGAUUCAAUAAAAUUGAUUAGAAUUGGUGGUAAAAACCCGUUUGCGUCACAAAACCAUUUCAA